AGUUCCUGAUAAAUUGCAAGUCUGUUUUUGCCUCAUAGCUGCACAGACUGCCUGAAGUUACAUUUCGAGACUGAAAUCACUGCACCUUAAAAACAAAAGAUUGGGCUGCACUGUGUUCCUACUGUUUUAUCAUCAGCAAUUGAAUAUUUCACACAACCUUGCCGGCUGUCCCUUGACCACCAAUCUGUUGCCUGUUCCUGCUCUUCAUGUAAGGCUGUCGGUUUGUGGGAUUCUUCUCUGAGGCACCUUCAGUGAGUCUCCUCAGUUUUCCAGAAGGGAAAAGGGCAGGAGCUGAGUUCAGACCUGGAUACCCUUCUAACUAUCAUAGAGAAAAAGUGAAUUGCCCACUAAGGCUUGCACACUGUACUUAGGAUGCAGUCAUUCUCUGUUCCUUGUCCCGAUGAACAUCUGCACUAGGCCCAAGCCUUGGAGUGAUUUACCUGAAGAGUGACACCAGUUAUCUGGAAACUACUAUGAGGAAACUGAAGCCCAGAGAGGUGAAGUGAGGUGCCCAAAGCCACACAGCAAGUUGCAGGCACAGCUAGUUCCGUAGCUCAAGUCUCCUGACUCCCAGUCCAGUGCUCUUCCCAUUACUCCACGGGUCCUGUCUCUAAGCUUCCUGACAAAUGCUAGAACGGAAGAAACCCAAGACAGCUGAAAACCAGAAGGCAUCUGAGGAGAAUGAGAUUACUCAGCCGGGUGGAUCCAGCGCCAAGCCGGGCCUUCCCUGCCUGAACUUUGAAGCUGUUUUGUCUCCAGACCCAGCCCUCAUCCACUCAACACAUUCACUGACAAACUCUCACGCUCACACCGGGUCAUCUGAUUGUGACAUCAGUUGCAAGGGGAUGACCGAGCGCAUUCACAGCAUCAACCUUCACAACUUCAGCAAUUCCGUGCUCGAGACCCUCAACGAGCAGCGCAACCGUGGCCACUUCUGUGACGUGACGGUUCGCAUCCACGGGAGCAUGCUGCGCGCACAUCGCUGCGUGCUGGCAGCCGGCAGCCCCUUUUUCCAGGAUAAGCUGCUGCUGGGCUACAGCGACAUCGAAAUCCCGUCGGUGGUGUCCGUACAGUCGGUGCAAAAGCUCAUUGACUUCAUGUACAGCGGUGUGCUGAGAGUCUCACAGUCGGAAGCUCUGCAGAUCCUCACAGCCGCCAGCAUCCUGCAGAUCAAAACAGUCAUAGAUGAGUGUACACGCAUCGUGUCACAAAACGUGGGCGAUGUGUUCCCAGGCAUCCAGGAUUCCGGUCAGGACACACCAAGAGGCACACCAGAGUCAGGCACAUCUGGCCAGAGCAGUGACACAGAAUCAGGCUACCUGCAGAGCCACCCACAGCACAGUGUGGACCGAAUCUACUCUGCACUCUAUGCUUGCUCCAUGCAGAAUGGCAGUGGCGAGCGCUCCUUCUACAGUGGUGCAGUGGUCAGCCACCACGAAACUGCUCUCGGCCUGCCCCGUGACCACCACAUGGAAGACCCCAGCUGGAUCACACGCAUCCAUGAGCGCUCCCAGCAAAUGGAGCGCUACCUGUCCACCACCCCUGAGACCACGCACUGCCGCAAGCAGCCCCGGCCUGUGCGCAUCCAGACCCUGGUGGGUAACAUCCACAUCAAGCAGGAAAUGGAGGAUGACUAUGACUACUAUGGGCAGCAAAGGGUGCAGAUCCUAGAGCGCAAUGAAUCGGAGGAGUGCACAGAAGACACUGACCAAGCAGAGGGCACAGAGAGCGAGCCCAAAGGUGAAAGCUUUGAUUCCGGGGUCAGCUCCUCUAUUGGCACCGAACCAGACUCAGUGGAACAGCAGUUUGGGGCAGGAGCCACAAGGGAUGGUCAGGCGGAACCUGCCCAACCUGAGCAGGCAGCAGAAGCCCCAGCUGAGAGCAGUGCCCAGCCAAACCAGCUAGAAACAGGUGCCUCCUCUCCUGAGAGAAGCAACGAGGUAGAGAUGGACAACACAGUCAUCACUGUCAGUAACAGCUCCGAUAAGGGCGUCCUACAGCAGCCUUCAGUCAACACAUCCAUUGGGCAGCCAUUGCCAAGUACCCAGCUCUAUUUACGCCAGACAGAAACCCUCACCAGCAACCUGAGGAUGCCUCUGACCUUGACCAGCAACACACAGGUCAUUGGCACAGCUGGCAACACCUAUCUGCCAGCCCUCUUCACUACCCAGCCCGCGGGCAGUGGCCCCAAGCCUUUUCUUUUCAGCCUGCCACAGCCCCUGACAGGCCAGCAGACCCAGUUUGUGACAGUGUCCCAGCCCGGCCUGUCUACCUUUACUGCACAGCUGCCAGCGCCACAGCCCCUGGCCUCAUCUGCAGGCCACAGCACAGCCAGUGGGCAAGGCGACAAAAAGCCUUAUGAGUGCACUCUCUGCAACAAGACUUUCACAGCCAAACAGAACUACGUCAAGCACAUGUUCGUACAUACAGGUGAGAAGCCCCACCAGUGCAGCAUCUGUUGGCGCUCCUUCUCCUUGAAGGAUUACCUUAUCAAGCACAUGGUGACGCACACAGGAGUGCGAGCGUACCAGUGUAGCAUCUGCAACAAGCGCUUCACCCAGAAGAGUUCCCUCAAUGUGCACAUGCGCCUGCACCGCGGGGAGAAGUCCUAUGAGUGCUACAUCUGCAAAAAGAAGUUCUCCCACAAGACCCUGCUGGAGCGACAUGUGGCCCUGCACAGUGCCAGCAACGGGACCCCUCCUGCAGGCACGCCCCCAGGUGCCCGCGCCGGUCCACCAGGCGUGGUGGCCUGCACAGAGGGGACCACUUACGUCUGCUCCGUCUGCCCAGCAAAGUUUGACCAAAUCGAGCAGUUCAACGACCACAUGAGGAUGCAUGUGUCUGACGGAUAAGUAGUACCUUUCUCUCUUUCUUAUGAACCAAACAAAACAACAACAAAAGAAAGAAACAAGCAAACAGACAGACAAAAAGCUAUGGCACUAGAAUUUAAGAAAUGUUUUGGUUUCAUUUUUACUUUCUGUUUUUGUUUUUGUUCCGUUUCAUUUUGUACUACAUGAAGAACUGUUUUUUGCCUGCUGGUACAUUACAUUUCCGGGGGCUUGGGCGGAUAAUACUUUUCCCAGUCUCCCUUGGAUGGUGGCCUUAAGGCCUGGUAGUGCUUCAGGAGGUCCACUGGUUGGAUCUCUAGCUACUGGCCUCUAAAUACAACCCUUCUUUACAAAAACAGAAAAAAACAAACAAACAAAAAAAACAAAAACAAAACAAAAACAAAACAAAAAAAGCAAAAAACCACACACACACACACAAAAACAAACAAAAAAAUCUUUUAAAAAAGUUUUAAAAAAAUGUUUAAAAAAAAAAAGAAAAAUUGUUUUUCCACUCGUGAAGAGCACUACAAAAUUUAUUACGAGAUAUAAAGGCCUGCUGUCUUUAAGUACACCGCUCACAGUGUUUCAGUGGACAUUUCACAAUUCUGGCCACUUGGACUUCACAGUAAGCAGUUUAAACUGUGGAAUAUCACUUCUGGUUGAAAACCCAGAGGAAAGGCCCUGCUGAUCCCACCUACCACAUUGUCUGAUUUCAUUAAAGGGCUCUGGGAUGGGAGGAGGCGGUGAGCCCAGUGGAGUCGGGAACAGCUGUGUGGCAGGCUUCUCCCCCAGGUCUGCCUGGUCCACAGAUGCUGGCCCACCUCCUCCACAUCCCCGCCCCUUUCAGCAGAAGCCAGGAAGACUUGGACAAGCAACAAGCAACAGUGGCUAUCGUAUUUAUUCAGUGUCUUCGCUGAGCCACCGCCUCAGCACAAUCAAGAGGGACUUUCAUGAAAGGCAGGAAUGCAGAUAAAACAAAGAUUACAGAUUUGCACCUAUGUUUCUAGGUACGAGAGAAGGAUUAUUUCCAACAAUCUUUGCAAAAAAAAAAAAAAAAAAGUGUCAGGAUAUAUUCUUGUGGAAGAGAAAAAGAAAGAGAAAUGGAGGGUGGGGGGACAGUAAAAGUUCUUGAGGCUUUUUUAAUUCAAAAAUUUAUAGAGGGGCAAAAGUGAUGUUUACCAGAUAGAAUGCUGAUUUUUUUAAUAUAUUUACAACAGUAUUUGUGUAAAAAAAAAAACAAAAAAGUGAGAUUGUUAAAAGUGAUUUUUUUUUUUUUUCUCAUUUUGGUUUCACAUACACUGCCACCACCCCUUUUACUUUGUCUCACACACAUAUAUAUAUUUUUUGGUAAGUCAAGACUGUUAAGGUUAGCGAUACUGCUUCCAGAUAGAAAGAAUAAAAGGCAACUAAAGUUAUAUUUGAAAGAGAGGAAGGAUAUUUUCUUCAUAUUUUUUUCUUAAUUUUUAUUGUUUUAAAGUAUUGCCUGGGUUGCUGAGGGCCUCCGAGGCCCACCCACCCUGCUGUAAUUUCAACUGCUGCUCUGUUUUUGAUGCGUAGAUCUUUGACUUCUAGCAAGCUUAAGUGGCUCCACUGAAUAGUUACCACCGUCCACCUAGAAUUCUGUCCUUUGUCAUGGGAGGGACAUGCUCUUUUAGAAGCAGAUUUCUUAACUUCUCCAAAAUUUCACUGAGCUCUUAGGAUUCUAGAGUUUCCAUUAACCUUGCUUUUUCCCCCUCUAGUGAAACACUAGUGGUCUAGAGAUCUUGACACAGGGGUUCGUUUCCUUUGUGGUCCACCAGGAGAAGGAAUCCACAUGCCUCUCCCCUGCCUCCUCUCCCUCUCCACUGUGUGAGCGCCACUAUGAGAAGCCUGUUACAAACCACAGUGCAUUGAUGCCAAAACUCCUUUCUUCCUUUCACAGCCUCUGACUCUUUCCACCAUGACUGGCAGGGCUGAUCAGGAUGAUCAUCCUUUGGUUGGUUCUUGACUCUUGCUCUUUUGGAAAUUAACAGUUUCUCUGUGCUAACAUCCAGCUUUCAAAAGGCCAUGAGUCUCCAGCAUCAUCCCAGAUGCUCCUCUUUCUAGUUGGGAUUUCUCUUUGGUCUUGAUCAAGAAAUCAUAAGAUUUUCCAGUUACAUACAAUGUCCUGAAGGGGUUCCCGCUUAAAAGAAAAAAAAUAGGACUUUUUAAACCUAGCUAAUAUUUGCUAAGUAAUUUCAUGACUGGCCAUGUUUUAGCACACUUAAAAGGAAACGUAACUAUUCCAAUAACACAGAAACAAAAAACUACAUUUUAUAAAAGAGAAAAGAGAAGAUAUUUUCUUUUCUAAAUUGCUCUACGUUUUAAUUCAAUUUUCCUCCUAAUUUUUCUGUUAGCAUGUUAUUUACACACACAUAUACAUACACACACACACACAAAGGCAGCAAAUGAGGGAAAUUUUUCCAAGGCAAGCAACUCUAUAAUGACUAAAUUGAUUUUAUUCAUAUAUUUUAGACAAUUGGUUAACUUGGAUCUUUUCCAUAAGUUCUUUGUGAUGUUUAGUAGUUUGUGCAACUGGAGUAUUUGUGGCGUUGAAGUUGGUCUUACAGUGCUUACUUACUUCAGUGGAUGUUUUGCUAGAAGUUGUAGUGUGGAUUUGGAUGAAUAACUGACUACUGAGUAUCACUUACGGUGAUUUCUAAGAAAAGGAUGCCCCAAAACUUGUGUGACCUGUUUUAAAAAUUAGCUUCAGAAAUGCAGAAGUUCUCCCUCCCCUACCCCUGCUGUUGUUGCUGUUGUUAGUAUUGGAAGUCAGGAGUGACUUAAUGUGUUUUUACUGCCAAUAGAGGGAGCAUUAAGUACCGACAUCAUGGAGUCACUUGCAUAGUUCAAAGAGUAAGUCAUUUAACCCACCAGGAAAAAAACAGAAAAACAAAAAACUGACUCUGUGAUAUUUUUUCUUAAUCUGGAGGAAAAAAGAUGUGAAAUCCCUCAUCAUAUAAAGCAAGUAAGAGAAAGCCAAGGCACAGCUUCAGUUUUCCUCACUGCUGACAGGAGCACAUUGAAAGCAGUGUCUCUAGUCAAAAAAGUAAAGUAGUCAGAACUCAGACUGUUCCUGGGAAAACUUACCUUGAGUGCUGUUAGGUUACACUUCCCAUCUGCUUACUACAUCUGAAAGAAUCCCAUUUGUCUUAAUGCUGAUUUGCCAUUGUCAAAAAGCUAAGCAACUGGGUUAAAAAUCCAGUAUUUGUUAUAGAGCAUGUAAAAAAAAAGGACACCAGGUGACUUGAAACUCUGAGACACAUCCUUUCCCUAUAAAGGGAAUAUUUCUUUUUAAAACAUGUGGGGAGAGCCCUAAGGAAUUCAUGGUCAAGUCCUAUUGUACAGGCUCAUUCCUACUGUAUUUUCCCUCAAACAUCUCCCAACCUUAAAUAGUGCUUUCUAGAAUUGAAAGGACACUCCAUUGGCAUCAGACUGCUAAGGCGCUCUAUAGUGCUAGUGCUGUCUAUCUGGCCUCCCAAGGGCUGGUUCCAACUGCCCUGUACUGUAGAAGAUAAGCUAGUCUGCACCCACUUCAAACCUUACAGGUGCCUUGAGGACUUCCCAUGUGCACUCGAUAUUAACGAUCACAAAGAAGAAAGAGCAGAUGACAAAGACUAACACUUUUAGGUUUUUCAGUCCUACAGUUUUUAUGAUGGAAUGCUAUCAGUUCUUUUAAAAUUAGAAAAACAAACAAAAAAGGUCCUUUUAGUAUUCAGGAACACUUACACACAUGUGCAUGCA